AUGCCGUCUACUAAUCGUCUUAGGCGCCACAAGCGAAAGAAUGCAUCUGGUGGUGCCAAAUCUGUCGUUGAGAGGCAGCCGGUGCAGAUAGACAACACGGAAGAGCCACACCUCUUUGAUUUGCCCGAUUCGCUAACAGUAGUUGACUUGAAGUCUCAGAGGACUAUGAAGCAGGCUUGGAAUUCCGUAUCGACCCGAAUCUCUCGGGACGCUCGAACAUCUGGCGAUCAUCGAAAGGUCGAGCAUCUCGCCGCAACGGAAACAAAACGCCAAAACAAAGACGCCCCAGAACCUAAAGGCAAUGAGAUCAAGAAGGGAGCCAGCCAAGGCAAUCUGAUGGCUGAGGACGGGCCUUGGAACAGUGUCUUACUGUCAUCCGAUGAGGAGAGGAGUGGAUGGACCAAAAUCAACCGGGAUGACUGUGAGGCGGAGCAGCAUGCGGUAACAAACGCCCGCUUAGUUCUGCAUGUGAGAACCGAUGAGCGGAAGAUGCCCAGAUAG